AUGGACGGGGCUGGUACUAGCCGUAUUCGAAGGAUAGACACAGUGCGGCUGGCCUUUUCUGCUGAUGUGGACUGGCCCGUUGUAGAAGUUCCCCUCCUAGACGUCCUCCGUGUUGACGUCCCCGAGCUCCUGGGCCUUGAGAAGUUGUCGCCCACUGUGUUGCGAUGUCGUUCGCCAUGUCACAUGCUUACCAGGAAUCGGCAUACUACAGCAGCGAUGAAGGUAAAGUUAGAACUAGCGAAAGAACAACGACAACUUGCCACCCUUGAACGUGAACGCCAGAAGGAAGCUCUGCAGCUCCAGAAAGAACAAGCUGCCCUACAACGUGAGCAGGUUGAAUUCCAACGUGAGCGUGAGAGGGAAGAGCUUGAAGUAAAAGAACGUGAUCUGGAGAUACAACGUGAACACAGACGCCACGAAGACGGCCAGACUUCAGCACAUUCGCCCGACAGGCGAAAACACUCCCAUGUCCCCCAAAGAACCGGCGGAGCAGGCUCUCUGGGAACUCAAACGGCAGCCCCCGCACCACCACAAAUGUCACUGGAACACACAAGUCCGUUACAGAAACCGUACCCGCCGCGCCAGGCAAAGAACGUUAACCUGGAGAUAUUCUUCAUUAAGGGCUCGGAUAACAUCACAGCCUACGCCCUCUCCAGAGUCUUCGAGGUAGAGGCAACUACUCCUACCACUCUACCGUCUAAUGAAGUAGCUUAA